AUGGCUGAGGCACUCAUUUCCGUGCUUCUCGAACAACUGGCUUCGGUAACUUACCAACACGUCGGAGAAGAGGUGAAGCUGGUUUUGAAUGCGGAGAAAGAUGUUCAAGAAUUCGAGGCCAAACUUAAAGUGAUUGGUGCUGUGCUUGAGGAUGCGGAGCUGAGGCAAGUGAGGGACGCCAACGUCAGAAAUUGGCUGGAGCAGCUGAAAGAUGUGUCGCACAAGAUGGACAAUGUGCUGGAUGAGUGGAACACUGAAAUACUGAAACAACAAAUUGAGAAACAAGAAGAGCACGGUGGAAGUACUUCUCUUGUUACUGAGAAGAAGAUGAAGUCGGUAUGUUUCUCUAUUCCAUCCUCUUGCUUUUGUUUCAGCCAAGUCCAUCGGAUAAUUCUUCAUCGUGACAUUGCUCUUAAGAUCAAAAGUCUGAAUGAAAAUUUAGAUCAGAUUGCAAAGCAAAGAGAAACAUAUAACUUUCGAUUCACAGAGAGAAUAAUCAGUGAACAACCUGAGCGAGAGAAAACUUCUUCUUUUGUUGAUGAAUCUAUCAUAUUUGGUAGAGAACAACAAAAGGAAGUUUUGGUUGGCAAGUUGUUGAAUGAGAGUAGUCAAGAAGAGACGGGCCUCCUUGUCAUCCCUAUUGUCGGGAUGGGAGGAAUGGGGAAGACAACUUUGGCCCAACUGGCUUUUAACGAUGAAAAUGUUAAAGCUUGUUUUGGGAUAAGAAUAUGGGUUUGUGUUUCAGACCCUUUUGAUGAGAUGAAAAUUGCUAAAGCCAUCAUCUCUGGUGCUAAAGCUGUCAGCCCAAAUUCGGAUGAGUUGGAAGAUUUCUUUCAGUGUAUGUCUGAAUCCAUUAAGGGAAAGAAGUUUCUCCUUGUCCUAGACGAUGUGUGGACUGAAGACCAAAGAAAGUGGGAGAAAUUGAAGUUGCCAUUAAUACAAGGUGGCGCCCAUGACAGUAGAAUAUUGGUGACCACUCGAAAACAGGAGGUUGCUGAUAUGAUGGGAGCUCCCACUCGCACAAUCUAUUUGGAGAGGUUGAGCGAACAAAAUUGUUUGUCAAUAUUCAACCGCAUGACAUUUUAUAAUAGGGAUAAGGAUGGUGCGUUGGAGUUGGAAGCCAUUGGUGAAGAAAUAGCAAAAAAGUGCAAAGGUUUGCCUCUUGCUGCAAAGACUCUGGGUAGUCUCAUGCGUUACAAGAAAGCGAGGAAAGAAUGGCAAGAAGUUUUGAACAGUAAGAUAUGGGACCUUGAAGAGGUUGAGCAACAAGUUUUCCAACCACUAUUACUGAGUUAUUUUGAUUUGGCACCUGCAGUCAAACGAUGCCUUUUAUAUUGUGUUAUCUUUCCAAAAGAUCAUCUGAUCUAUAAAGAUUAUUUGAUUGAGUUGUGGAUGUCACAAGAUUAUCUCUAUUCGAAAGGAAACAUGGAGAAAGAAAUAAUUGGCCAAAGGUUUUUUGAUAAUUUAGCAAUGCGAUCUUUCUUUCAAGACUUUCAAAAACUCAGUGAUGGAAAUAUCUGGAGGUGUAAAAUGCAUGAUAUUGUGCACGAUUUUCUGCAGUAUCUUACUCAACAUGAAUGCUUUACAAUGGAGGUUAAGGGUGGUAACAAUACAAUAAAUCCCUUGGGUGAUAAGAUCCGCCAUUUGACCUUAAUGCUUGCACCUGAGGGUCCAUUCUCAUGUGUUUCGUUUUCCAGCUACGAUCUACGUACUCUUGCCACUUUUGAUUCAAAAUUUAAUGUUGUGAGCUCAACUUUGUUCUCGCAGUUGAAACAUCUUAGGACAUUAAAUUUGAGUGGUCCUUGUAUUGAAGUGCUUUCGGAAGAGAUAGGUGAAUUGGUGCAUCUGAGGUUUAUUGAUUUGUCCAAAAAUCCUUUGAAAAGGCUACCGAAUGGGGUGUAAUUUAUACAAUUUGCAGACUUUGCGCCUUGUUGAGUGUGAAGAACUUGAAAGUCUACCUCAGAGCAUGGGAAAGUUGAUUAACUUAAAGCAUCUUU